UAAAGACUAAAGAACCUGCAAUAGUAGUAACGGCGUUGCCACUACAAUGCGUUAAAAGUUGUACGCCAUUUCCAUAAAGUAAAUAAUGAUUUUCUAAAAUAUUUUUCUUAAAUAAAAACAAACAAAUAAAGAUACCUUAACGUGUGGAUAUUUUUGAUCGGAGACGACUAUUUAUUUAGCAGCGUAAGUGAAUAGCUCCAUCACCAAGAUGUAUGAGAACGUCAAUACCGUUCGAACAUACUUCGAUAAGAUGCUCUAUGCCUUCAUGAAGUGUGUACCACCGUAUUGCACCCGUGUAGCCUUCCAAUUCUGUGUCUAGAAUCCAAACUCCGCAAGGGAACGUGCUAAACACUUGUAUCUCUUAGCCUACGAUUAGCUGACUUAGCAAUUUAGUCAAACCGCCGAUAGAAGGUCCAAAAUAACGGAAAACAGCUCACGGGAGCACCGCAGCUGUAUCAUACUUCGAAGUAUGAAACGAAACAACAGUAAUAACAGCCAUCAUUAUUACGGUCAUUAUCAAAAGGAAGAAGAUACGUUGUUGUCUGUACCAAAAAAACAGUGCCGCAAGAAAGCCAGGCCGGCAGCGCUAACUACUAAAGGCGUAUUCGGUAUCGCACCUCUAGACUCAGCGGCGAUAACCGAUAUAAAUGACGUAUCAAAACAGACGACGACCACAAUGACAACAACGGGUAUUUCAAACUCUACCCUUAAUGCAAACGACGUCACUAGUUAUGAAACAAUAGAAAAACUAGAAAGCACCGGGAACGAACUACCGAACCAAAAGAAUUUGCCUCAUGAUGAGCUUGGUCGUGUGGCGAAAGCUACGAAGCUUUGCGUUAACCUAACAACACCCUGUUCGAAUAUUCUACUCGACAAGCCACACUUUGCCAUCCCAAAAAAAGCUGGCAAGAAUGACCCAAGUUUACUCUCGCCAAAGAUGAGCAAAGCCGAUGCUGUAGAAAUACUGCGUUUAGGAAAGACUCGACGAAGCUUACUGCGUUUACAAGUGCUUGUAAACUCAUUGGUCGAUUUAACGCUAGACAAAUCGAAUGACCAGAUCGACAUUAGCUACGUUCGGUCAGCAGUGCACUUCGUAUUUAAGUUCCUAGCCGUCUUGCAUGAACCUUCGAGUAGUAAUGAUUCACUAAUGCGACUUGAAAUGGGCCAUCUUGUUGAGACAGGAUUGAGAAGGACAUUCGUUCUCGCUGAAUUCCAUCGAGAUGUACGUGCUAUUAUUUCACAGAAUGUUGAUAAUCUCAUACUCGAUGACUUUGGACGCUGCGCGCUUCGCCAUUUGGCAUUUCGCAACUUCAACUUUGCUGUCUUCCUUCAAUUGCACUUGAUUCAUUCUAUGGUGGAUGCUGGCUCUAAGCUUCAACAACAACUGGCGUACGUGCAAAAAUCAACACACGACAAUCAUAAUAAUAGAUCGUUCGAUAUCAUCUGGGGGCAUCGACACCGAUAUCAGAGUUGUGCAAUGCUUCUACUGAGCACGAUGCUUAAUCAGAAAUUCAAUCACAAGAGUGAAGAAAGACAUCUACAUUGUGCAAGAACGCCAGGCUUCAAAAAAACGACUUCAAACACGUCUUCUUCAAAGGAUCAAUGUAUACCACCUAAUAGCGAAGUUACGAAGCAAUUUGAAGGAUUCCAAGCAAUUUACAAACGGGACGAAGAAGUCGACAACCGAACGGCCGCCCUCAACGUUGCGACUGAGCAACUUCGGCGACUUCAUUUAGAUCCGGCACAAUUUCCAUCUCUUCUUGUCUUAAAGAAAAAUAUUAUGCAAUAUUUGAGUCCAGAGGCAAAAUGAGCAGUAACUUAGUCCGACCUGUCUUUAAGUUACCAUUGUUACAUGGUCUGUGAAGCUGUACUACUAUAUUGAAUAUUUUAGAAAAUAGUGUUAUAUUCAAUAAAAAUACUAUUUUAAGUAAUA